AGCUGGCUUCGUGGGUGUAGUUGGCUGGCGUUUGGAAAAAGCGAAAGAAUUGAGCUUAAUGUUGCUGAUAUCUGUGCCGUGUAAACAUUAAGUAGAGAAAGGUGUAUUAGCUAAGAAUUUGUGCUCGACUAGAAGCGGCGGCGGCGGCGGACGUGCGCGCCAAUUUGUUUAUAAUAAAAGUUUAAGAAGAAAUUUCAUUUGCAUUGAAUUAUAGGUAUUGUGUGUGCGCGAAAAUCAGAUUUAUAUGUUCGCUGAUUGCUCGUUGGAACGCAACGCCAUCAGUGUCAAAAGAUACAAAACACAAAUUCUACAGGGUGUGGUUGUUGUGCAGUGGUCGAUUAUACUUUAGAUCAAAAAAAAUUGAUUAACAAAAUUAUAAAUUAUACAUAUGUAAUAGCUUAUGGCGAAGUUUUGUUGAAGCAGCAAACGUAGCCAUUGUGUUGGUGAAACGCGGCCGAAAAAGCAUUAAAGAUAUUGUAAAUUAAUUUAUGCGUAGCGCGAACAAAAUUAAUUGAGAAAUUUAUGCAAAUUUGGCCAUGUACGGGUUUGGUGACGGUGACGGCAGCGCCGCCGAUUUUGUUUAAUAAUUCAGGCAAUGACAUUGCUACUUGUAAAAGGGAUGGUUGCGCGGUAGUGAAACGGUGUGGCUUAUAUUAUUCUCGCAAUAAGGAAAAAGUGCAAGAAAAAACAAAAGAAUUUUUCUUUUAUUAAAAAAUAGCAUACAACUGCCUGCCUCUAGUGUGCAUGUGAAGAAAAACAUAACCAGUAUAAAAGUCACUUUGAUAGCAGCGACGGCGACGACCACGCCGAGGACGCCCUCGUCAGCGAACUCUUUUUUGCUUUUGCACUUUAUCAAGAGCAGGUGCAUUAAGCGCGGAAGGCGGUUAUCUGUGGUAGAUGGCCGGCUGAAAUGAGUCAAAGCAACGAGACGCUACAAAAACAACAACGUCGACGACAUGUCCCGGCUUGCUGAUUAUUUUGUUAUUGUCGGCUAUGAUAACGAUAAAGAACGAACUGCUGCUGGUAACAGCCAAAUUUCAUGUGGCAAGAUCGUGCAGCGUUUUCCGGAAAAGGACUGGCCGGAUACGCCAUUUAUUGAGGGCAUAGAAUGGUUCUGUCAACCCCUUGGCUGGGGCUUGUCGUAUGAUAAGCAAGAACCGAAAUUCUUCACUUCCGUACUCACUGAUAUCGAUGCGAACAAGCAUUACUGCGCCUGUCUUAGCUUCCACGAAACAUUGGCAAUCACACUUAACAAAGUCAUCGAUGAGGAGGAUGAGGCGACAGCGACGGUCAGCGGCAUAGCUGGCACCAAAUUCCAAUCAGCCAUUACGGCAAGCACAAGUGGCGGUAGCAGUGGCAGCAAUAAUAUAAUUUCACAUCACAGCGUUAUGUAUGCGCCGAAAUGCCUAGUACUAAUAUCGCGGCUCGACUAUGCAGACACAUUUAAGAACUGUCUGGGUACUAUUUACACUGUAUACAUCGAGAAUCUGCCUUACGCAUUGGAGAAUCUCAUCGGUAAUAUACUUGGCUGUAUACAGGUGCCACCUGCGGGCGGCCCACAAGUACGCUUCUCCAUAGGCGCUGGCGAUAAGCAGUCGCUGCAGCCGCCGCAAUCGCCAUCGCUACCAGUAACUGGCACAUCUGUUUAUUUUGUUUUUAAGCAACUAGGUAUUAAGAAUGUACUUAUACUUUUGUGCGCCGUUAUGACGGAGAAUAAAAUUCUAUUCCAUUCGAAAAGCUAUUCACAUUUAACUGAAAGUUGUAAAGCUCUGGUAUCGCUCAUGUAUCCAUUCAGAUAUACGCACGUGUACAUUCCGAUACUACCGGCACCACUAACCGAAGUGCUCUCCACACCCACACCUUUCAUAAUGGGCAUACAUAGUUCGUUGGUGAGCGAAAUCACCGAUCUGCUGGAUGUUAUAGUUGUGGAUUUAGACGGAGGGAUGGUGACGAUACCUGAGUCAUUGUCACCGCCAGUACCCAUACUGCCAUCACCACUUUGGGAACAAACACAAGAACUACUGGCAAUGAUACUGUUUCCGAAUUUGUCACAGGCUGACUUGGCCUUUCCAUCGAUCGAGAAGCCAACGAACUACCCAAAAUCGGAUGCAGUAAUUGAUAAGGAAUUGCGCGCAAUUUUCAUGCGCCUCUUCGCGCAAUUAUUGCAGGGCUACCGCUCGUGUCUGACAAUUAUACGCAUAUAUCCCAAGCCGGUGAUCACAUUUCACAAGGCCGGUUUUCUGGGUGCACGCGACUUGAUUGAGAGUGAAUUUUUGUUUCGCGUAUUGGACAGCAUGUUUUUCACGACCUUCGUGAACGAACGUGGACCGCCAUGGCGUUCGGCUGACGCCUGGGAUGAGUUAUACAGUUCGAUGAAUGAGAUACUGAAAAGUGAGGCGCAAAAUAAAAAUUUGAUUUCAAUACACAUCCAGGAGUUGGGGAAAACCCUCUGCGAAAACGAAUGUCCCAAUCAACAGGUCUAUGCACAAAAAGUACUACGCCCACCGGACGGCUCCUUCCACCGCAUCCACCAGCCGGCCUUUCCACGCAUUAACAGUGAAAAGGUAGAACUAAUUAUAAACGAUGGUAUGCGCAAGAACUGCAUCUCGCAUCGUUUGACUGUGUUGCGUCAUCAAAUGCGCAUCAUACCAAUGGGACCGCGGUUGCCCGAAGUGCUUGAUGUGCGCCCGGCAGUAUUAAAUUCAGCACGUCGACUUGAGGUACUGAAAACUUGUGUCGCUUACAUUUUCGAAAAUAAAAUCGCCGAUGCGCGCAAACUAGUGCCGGCAGUGAUGCGCACACUCAAGCAUCGUGACGCACGCCUUAUACUCUGUCGUGAACUAUUCGGCUAUGUGCAUGGCAACAAAGCGGUGCUCGAUCAUCAACAAUUCGAUUUAGUUAUAAAAUUUAUGAACAAAACGGUACAAAAUUCCACCGGUGUUGAUGAGUAUACUGUUGCGGCAGCACUCCUACCCAUGUCAACUAUCUUCUGCCGCAAACUAUCGACUGGCAUUGUACAAUUCGCCUACACUUGUAUACAGGAUCACCCGAUAUGGAAAAAUUUACAAUUUUGGGAAUCCACUUUUUAUCAAGAUGUGCAGACGCAAAUCAAAGCUUUGUAUAUGCAACGUCGCCGUCAAAAUGAACACAAUAAAGAAUCGAAUAUCGUGCUGGACGAUGUACCGUUGGAAGAACCGACUGCACUUGAGAUAACCGCCGAGCAAAUGCGUAAAAGUCCAAUGAUUGAGGAAGAUAAAAAGACGGAAUUGGCGCAAUCAGAGGAAUCCACGCUCUACAGUCAGGCUAUACAUUAUGCUAAUCGUAUGGUUUCGCUGCUAAUACCACCAGACGUAAAUGCGGUGGGGCCAAAGCCUAAGCAGUCCUUUCGCCUGGACGAUAAUCAAAGCGUUUCAAAUAGUAUUAUGGGCUCGCAUAGCUUAAGUGAACAUUCAGAUGAAGGCUUUGAGGAGAACGACGCCUUGGAAGUGGGUGGCACCGUCGGUAAAAUAGUUUCGCGUUUCAUUGAUCGCGUCUGCACCGAAGGCGGUGUAACCUCGGAGCAUAUACGCAAUCUACACGACAUGGUGCCAGGUGUGGUGCACAUGCAUAUUGAAAUGCUGGAGUCGGUGUAUCUAGAGUCCAAACGACAUCCACAUGUGCAAAAGCCAAAGAUACAAACGCCAUGUCUACUGCCGGGCGAGGAGAUCGUAACAGAUCACUUGCGUUGCUAUCUCAUGCCCGACGGACGAGAGGAUGACACGCAGAGCUGGAUACCUGCCGAAGGUGCGCUGUUCUUAACAAAUUAUCGUAUCGUGUUCAAAGGUUCCCCCUGUGAUCCGCUUGCUUGCGAACAGACCAUCAUACGCGCUUUUCCCAUCUCCUCGCUGCUGAAGGAGAAAAAGAUCUCAGUACUUUACCUAUCGCAUUUAGAUCAAACCCUUCCAGAGGGUUUACAGUUACGCUCCAGCACCUUCCAACUAAUGAAAAUUGCAUUCGACACGGAGGUAACACCAGAAAUGAUUGAGACUUUCCGUAAAAUACUCACGAAGGCGCGGCAUCCGAUCGAUGAGUUCGAACACUUCGCCUUCCAAUCGUUCGGUACUAUUAUGCAUGGCACCGCACCUUCAAAAACCAAAGAAAAAUACUCAACACUGAAAGGCUUCGCAAAGAAAACAAUUUUGCGUAAAUUCAAACAAAAAGCGCCAACUAAACGCAAAUUGGUUACUUCUACUCUGGAUUUUGAUACGCUCGGCCCAUCGACGGAAGCCAUAGAUACACAUUCUCUAGACGAUGAACUCGAAGAUGACGAGUUCGAAACAAAUACUGACACAAUGCCGAGAUUGUUGACUGCGAAAGAUGUGGAACGCAUGCGUGAACGCAGUUAUGUGCGUGAUUGGAAGCGAUUAGGAUUUGACGAAACGCAAAAUGGUUUCCGCAUAACCACAGUCAAUGCCAACUACAGUCUGUGUCGUUCGUACCCUGCGCUGUUGGUUGCACCUGUGCAGAUAAAUGACGAUGCACUGCUCCAUUUGGGGCGCUGCUACAAGAGUCAACGCAUACCGGUGGUGACGUGGCGACAUCGCAAUGGCGCGCUGCUGAUACGAGGAGCUCUACCACACAGCAAAUCGGUGAUCGGCAUGUUGAAGAACUCCACCGGCUCGAAUACGAUGUCACACGACGUCGCUAACUAUCACGAACAAGAUAAAUAUAUUUCAGCACUCAUUGAUUCAAUGCCAAAAAAUCUCUCCUUAGCAUUGGCACAAUAUAAUUUGACCGGCAUGAAUUUGUCCAUGAAUUCUCUGUUGCUAAACGCUAGCGAUGAGUCGUCUUACCUCAAUCGGGCGGAGACUUCAUUGACGCCGGAAGUUAGUCGCAAACAUAAAUCGGGAAUUGCGCCUGGGAGCGAUUCCAAAACGAACAAUUGGACCGAUUCUUUGAAACCGAAAUCGAAUACCAUAAAGAAUAACUCAUCGGUGACAGCGGCUGCAGCAGCGUAUCGGAAGUUGCGCUUAUAUGUGUUAGGUAGGCAAAAAAUAUUUUAUGCUCCCAUUUCUCAAUAUUUUAGUAAGAAAUUUCCUUGCCCGUAUUUAGGUGAAAAAUCUCAAACGAAAUCCGGCAUAAAUGCGGAUCUCUGCGCUGAAUUUAUAGCCGUCGACUAUGCCGAUUACCGCCAAUCACGCAUCGCUUUUAAGAAGCUAAUGCGCGCUUGUUUACCAUCGAAUACAACCAACGACGCCGACCAGACGUUCGCCAAGAGUGUUGAACAAUCCGAGUGGCUGCAACAAAUCUCUUCCCUGCUGCAACUUUCCGGGGCUGUGGUCGACUUAAUGGAUUUGCAGGAAUCUAGUGUGAUGCUUUCGCUGGAGGAUGGCUGGGAUAUAACUGCGCAAAUAUCAUCCAUUGCACAACUCUGCCUUGAUCCCUACUAUCGCACAAUGGAGGGUUUUCGCGUGCUGAUCGAGAAAGAUUGGAUUGCAUUUGGACAUCGUUUUGCGCACCGUAGCAAUUUGAAGCCGGCCCAUGGCAACUCAAGUAUUGCAUUUGCGCCAACAUUUUUGCAGUUCUUAGAUGCUGUUUACCAAAUACAAAAGCAAUUUCCAAUGGCGUUUGAAUUCAAUGAGUUCUAUGUACGCUUCCUGGCCUACCAUAUGGUGUCAUGUCGUUUCCGCACAUUUCUGUUUGACUGUGAAGUGGAGCGUUUCGAUUUGGGUAUCGCAUCCGUAGAAGACAAACGUGGCUCGUUGAGCACCAAACAUCAUCUUUUGGGUAACACCGGCUCCGAUGACGAAGGCGUCUACCCCAUGGACGUGCGCAGUAAGGCGGCGCAAUCAGCAGUGAAUUUCAAUCGCAUCGGUCACUCCAUUUUCGAUUACAUUGAACGUCAGCACGCGAAGACACAAAUUUUCUACAAUUUCAUGUACUGUGUGCGUGACGAUGUACUACGACCGCAGAGCUCACUGCCCUCACUCGAUCUCUGGCCCUACUAUACCAACGAAGAAUUGGCACAGGGUCCGCCUUACGAUCUAGAAUUGACUAAUGCAGAUGAUGAAAUCGAUCUCUGCGAGUUGCGUGGCAAACGAAUCGUCAUUAGUGCUGGCUAUGAUAAUAUCGAAAAGACCAAUCCGAAUGCAUUUGUAUGCUUGCUUAGCGAUGUGCGACAAGCAGAAACCGAGCGUGGUCAGUUGCCACAAAAAUGGUUGCAAGUAUGGGAUCAGUUGGAAGUGCCGCAAAUGGAGGAGUUGACACGCAAGUCAUCGUUGAGCAGCAUGCUUUUGCAAUCUCACGGCAAAUUGGCGCACAAACGUUCCACCCUGGAGAUUCUCAUGAAGGGGCGAUUGAGUGGUUAUCAGGAUAAAUUCUUUCAUCCGCAUCGUUUUGAGAAGCAUCCCUACACCACACCCACCAACUGCAACCAUUGCACCAAGCUUUUGUGGGGUCCAGUGGGUUAUCGUUGUAUGGACUGUGGCAAUUCUUAUCAUGAAAAAUGCACCGAAGUGUCAUUGAAGAAUUGCACUAAAUAUAAGGCCGUCGACGGAGUUGUGCCACCAAAUGUGAACAUCUCGCAAGGUGACACCUCAAGCAUUGCAUCCAGUGCUGCUACAACAGCACGCACCUCCAGUCACCAUUUCUAUAAUCAGUUUAGCAGCAAUGUGGCGGAAAAUCGCACACAUGAAGGUCACCUUUACAAACGAGGGGCGCUUUUAAAAGGCUGGAAGCAACGUUGGUUUGUAUUGGACUCCAUAAAACAUCAACUACGCUAUUAUGACUCCGGCGAAGAUUCGCAGUGCAAAGGAGUUAUAGAAUUGGCGGAAGUGCAAUCAGUUACGCCGGCGCAGCCCGCACAAAUCGGUACGAAACGCAUCGACGAGAAGGGUUUCUUUGAUUUGAAGACCAAUCGACGCACCUACAAUUUCUAUGCGGUUAAUGCGAAUUUAGCUCAAGAAUGGAUCGAAAAAAUUCAAGCUUGCCUACAGUAGAUGAACUUAGCCGCCUAGCAAAAACAUUUCCUCAUAUAUCCGUUUCUUGCGAGUAUUAUUUUUAAGAUUUUACUUAAGUUAUUAAUUAAGUUGCAUACGAAAACAAAGAGUCAAAAAAAUUUAAAAGAAAUGACGAGUACUUGAAAUAAAAAAGUUUAAAAAAUGCAGUGUUGUAUUCAAACUUUAGCAAUAGUAUAAAAUACAAAACAAUGCAAACGAAGCUUAUCUAUAUAAAUAUAUAUAUAUAUAUAUAUCUAUAUACAGUUAUUAUAUACAUAUUAGCGACAAACCGAUGUAUGUUUAAGUGUUGUGUGUGUUAAUUUCCUUCUUUUUGAAUGUUUUUAUUUUUUGUUUGUGUUUUUUACGCUGUCAACAGCAAAAUGGAAAAAUAAAUAUUAAUGAACAUAUUUAAAAUAGUUAAAUAUGCAUAUGUAUGUAUAUAAUGACGCUCUCCCAUCUGUGCGCAUGCGAAUCCCCGCGCCUUUUGUAUUUAUUCUUGUAUAUUUCAGUUGUUGCCUUGGCUUAUUUUUCUUACAAUUAGAAAUGUAACUUCUGUGUAAUAACAUUGCGCUGCAUUUGUAUGUAUUGUAUAGUAUCUACAGCUGUACAUUCAUACUACAUAGUGGGUUAAUGUUUGAUUAGUCUAAUUAUUCUUAUUCUAGUUAUUAAUAAUUUUUACUAUUAAAUAUAUUAUAAACAUACUACAA